AUGAAGAAGGAGCUAGAAUACUACAGAGGAUUGGCUGCUGGAGGCCUUGGCGAAGUGAGAUGUAUACCACCUUUCAAGAAUAGCCUAGCGGAUGUUUCUGAGAAUGGACGGGUUAACGAGCUUGCGGAGAAGCUCCUCAUGGCAUGCGAAUCCCUAAAGAACAUCUUGUCAAUUAAUGGAAAACUUCGGAACGCCCUCGACACGCUGACAGAGACAAAGACAGACCUUGAGAAGCGUGAAGUUGAGCUAAAUGCGGAAAACCUGGCGUUACGUGAGCGAAUAGAGAUGCUUGAGUCGAUUGCACUCAAGGACGAUUUUGUAGAAAGUUCAUCUAGUCAGUUGAAUGGGCGAGAUGUAGCGAAGCACCACCAUCAACGCAGGGCACCAAGUGUAGAGUCGGAAUUCUCACUCUUCGCGCCAAGAGACGUGUUGCCAGAUCGCCCGUCCACCGCUCAGGCGUCGGCGCGUGGACGCAGUUCGGGGUUCCCACUGAAGCGCUGCGCGCUGAGUAGUGUAAGAGAGAGUAGCGAAAAUAAGAUGAGCGUGCGUAACACACAGUCUGUGCAAGCAGUUUGGGGGUCGGACGCUCCGCAACCCCGCAGGGAAAGUCAAUCUGCGGACGGGAGGCCCUUCAGUAGAAAGAUCUCUCUUACUGCGGCAGCGGCGGCGAAUAAGCAGCGCAAGGAACAGAAGCGUUCGACGCUCGCGAAGAAGUUGGAGGAGUACACGGAUCGUUACUGUAAGCCAAAUCACUUUGCAAAUUAUGCGGAGUACUAUGGCAAGGCGCGGCAAAAGGUCCCUGUGAACCGUGCAGCGGCGGCUUCCAUUAAGGGGAUGGAAGACACACUAAAACAGCUGCCGUACACCAUCGCGGAAACAGUGCCACAGUCGUUAAAACUUGCCUCGCAGUUCGGAGCACUUACCUUUGGCGGGGUGAGUGAAGAUGUGGUGGAUUUAGAGCAGCGGCGCCAGCAGCGCGAGGCGAAGCGGAACGCGCUCCUCGCUCAGCAACAAGCCCUUCGCCUCAACGUGACCCAGGCAUUUAUGAACGUGACAGAGCGACUGGAUGCUGCUCGCUCCUUCCCUGCGUUCUCUGCUGCUCCUGCAGUGGCGAACCCGUACAGUGACGCCUCUGCGGCCUGGUCGAAGGCCCCACAGUCACUUAAUUUGUCACCAAUGCCAGUUGGCAGCAGCACCAGCCGACUCCGUGCGUAUUUGGCCCGUGAGGAGGCGGUGUCGUUGCACAGCAACGCCCUUAACGCACUCCGUGAUGCCACGGGACAGCACAGAGACGGGUGCUGA